GUUCUCUAUUCAGGAAUUUUUCAGAAGUUUGUUGUCUUGUUCUCGGGAAUGGAAAUGGAAAACUGGUAAGUGGAAGUAGAUUCGGAGCAAGGCAGUGGUUUUAAGUGAGGGAUAAAGCCGAGUUAUCAUGGAAGCAUAGCGGUGGCUCGAACUUCUCACGACUGUUUCUCUUUUUCACUUUCUGCUGUCAAAGCAACAGAGCCUAACAUCAAAGAUGAGCGGUAGUAUUACCGCGGAACGGAAAAUGGAAAUUAUGCAAUCAGAAAUGAAUAAUUUUAUGAGGCGCUUGGAACCGCGGAUGCGUGGUCGAUUCAGUGAUUCACUUCGAGAGAUACUGCUCGAAAGUUUAUUGGAUGGGACUGUGUUUGCGAUUGUCGAAUCGCUCAGCGAUUUGCAGCGCAUGAAUGAAACGCAGCUUUACAACGACCGUCAGCAACGACUGAUGGAACUGCAGUGCGUUCCUGAUUUAGAUGAACAAAUGAAACAGAUUGAUAUUAAUAUUGUCACUGAGCUCGAUAAGAUAGUGGCACAACAGCAAGAUACAUUGUGCCGUGCCGGUGUUCCAGCAUUUCGUAUUACUACUAAUCCUCGAGAAAUCGAGCUACAAAUGGCAAUCAUCAGUUUCAUUUUAACAGUUCGUGCAAGACUUCCAUGACAGUUAUUGAUAACUUUGUUUCUUUCCCCUUUUUAUUGUUAAAUGCAGUGCCACCACAUUUCAAAAUAAAUACUAUUGAGAUAGAAUACCUUGCUCUUUUUGCUAGAACUGUUUACUUCAGUUUGCAUUGUUUUUGUUGUUGGUGGUGAUAAUUUUAACUUUACCACCCUCAUUUUUAAAGGAACGUCAUCUGAAGAGUAUUUAAUGCUUUUCUUGAUAACAGUAGUUGCACAAGAAUUUGAUCACUGGAAGGAAAUUCCUAUUUUAAAUUCAACUAUCAUGCAAGUUUAUUUUGGCUGUAUCUUUUUGGCUUGUCCAAUUUGAUGCAAUUUGCUGCAAAUCACACCAGCAGUAAUUGCGCAGGAUUCAAUAGCUAAAAUUCACCAAGUUAUUCCAUAAUAGCUUUCCAAGAGUGCAUCAUUCUGCUAUUUAUUUUAGAGUACGUGCAAAAAGAUGACUAUAAACGCAAAGUUUUACUGAGGUGCUCAACAUAAAGAUUAUUAUUCCUCUAAUAGAACUACA